AAGACGCGAGUGGAGUAUGGCUCUAGUGGGGAAGAUGGGGAUAGUGGGGGAUAACUCACACAAGCGGGUUCAUGUACAUACGUGUAAACUCGGCGUUUGCGCGUUGCUCGCAGAUUCCGCUUAUGUGCAUUAUUCCCUACGUUAUGGCUGUGUGUGCUCGCGUCUAAAAGUUCUGACAUCAUUGCUGCUGAAAUUACGCGCUAUAAACCUCUGUAGAACGAUGCUGAAUGUGUUGCACGGGUUUGGGUGUUUUUUUUUCCGAUCGGAAUGUUAGGGAGACUCUCGAGGGUCUGUGUGACAAGUAUUGUACGUAGCGUGCGAUUAUCGGCGGUAUUUACUCGCACCGGGAUCUCUACAUAGGUUUUCGCAUUUUUACAGCGUUACGCGGGGACCAGCUGCUGCUGCUCGGCUCAAAAUCUGAUGUUUUGCGCCACGUUGCGGCGCGUUUUUUCGCUUGGAAAUACGUGAUAUUAACGAUGAGACAAUCGCGCGUCAUCUCCCAGAUCGUGGGUUCUCCCGCGCUCGUCAACAAAAAGGCGGCGUAACCUCCAAUGUGUUGUUGGACACUCAUCUGACAUAAAACAACAAUUGGGACCUAAGAUCGCUAGAUAGACUUUGCCCCGGAACGCGACGUAUCUUCAGCCACUCGCCAGCCGAACUUUAUUCAUCCGCAUAAUUCUCUUCGUCAUCCUCGUCUUUGUAAUAUUCGCUUUACAAUUAAUUUGUAGGCUUUUAAAUUUUCAAUGUACUCUUCUGGUGCGUGUAAAUUAAUUCGUAGCCUGUUUCGCUCCAAUAUCGCGAAUAUGAAUACAUUGAGCACUGUGAAUAGCGGCAGCGACAAACGUCUGCCAGAAACGACUGUCCAAACUGUGGCACAGAACUUGACUACAAUGCAAAAUGUACAGAAUGUGCAAAAUGUACAAAGUGUGGUUCAGAGCAAUACACAAAAUAUUCAGCCUAUCCAGACUAUUGUCGGAUCAGUGGGAACACCCGGCAAUUUGGUAGGCAAAUCUGUAUCACUGGAUAUAAAUCCGAAGCUGUCCUUAAUGAAGCCUGUGACACCAUCGGGCGCUACCUCAUCUGUAGAAACCAGUAAAAUAACAACUACGUUAUGUUCUAUAGGACCUACAGUGAAAAUUAUAUCACCAGGAAUGUUAAAUACUGUGGACCGGCAAAACCAACCACAGACACAGCCAUUAGCACAACAGACAGUCAAUAUGCCAGCCACAUACCAUGUACCACGAGGAGCUGCAGCAGUUGCUAAUAUCUCUGCACCUAGAUCAACAGUUGCCACUCCCAUCAGAGCAAAUACGGGGCAAACUGUGCCUACUACUAGACCAGGUAAUGUACCCAUCUCUAAUCCUCAAUGGCAAUCUAAAACAUCCGUCGUAUAUGCGCCAAGUGUACCACAAAGGCAUUCUGCACCUCCGGUCAGCAGAGUCUCCAGGCCAGCUACUUUAUACACAGGACAACAGACACGACUAAUGACGCCAGUCAGUCAAGGAAGGCCUGUUCAAGCCAUGGUCACUGGUAGUCCGUCCAGAUUAAUAGCGCCUAUCUUGCAAACGAAUAAUAUUACCAGACUUCCAGUUGCACAAAGCAGACCACCGACACCACAAGUAAUAACUGUGUCGCAAACUUCACAACCUGGAAGAUCAUCGACACAAACCAUUCAACCCAGUCAAUCUAACAAGCCUCUAGCCACAUCAGGUACUACAAAGCGUAUAGCUGUAUCAGCACCCAUAGAGACGACAAAUAUUAAUAGAAACACUAGUUCGGUUACCAUCGGUUCGGUGGAAGCGCCAGGACGACAAUUGUCGAUUAACACAGUAGCCGGUCCCUCGACUGGCGCCGUUAGCCACAUUGUUAUUCCUUCACAGCAGAUUCAACAACAACCAGGUGGACCACGUGUUGUUCAAACCGUUGUAACAUCUCUAUCAAGCUUCAGUACAGUAUCACAAGUGGGCACGAUUACAACAACCGCGAAUACGCAAUCGAACGCGAUGCGUAUAUUACAAACAGUCCCAGCCGCUGGUACAAAAAUCACAGGAAUGUCUCUGCAUCCUCUGCCCAUAGUACCGGUUAGGACUGCACCGACACCAGUUAAAGCUACUACUGCACAGCCACAAAAUAUCGGACAAACCGUCCAGAUUAAGCCAGCGCAACCAGCUAGCUUACGCAUAUCAUCCACCAACAGCGGCACAGCUACCAGUUCUACACAGCCGGUUCAAGGACAAUAUAUAACUCCGCCGCAUAACACUACUACAUACUAUUCCUUUGAGACUACAGGGGCAUACUCGCCAUUUCGACAGGGUUCAAUGCAGCCUGUAAGAUUAGUCGUUGAACCAGGAGGAUAUGAAGAACCUCAUGGUAAACCUAAUGCAUCUCCUAGACCAAGCAUUUUAAGAAAAAGAGAUCAUGACAAUUCACCAGUGAAAGGUGUAGCUAAAAAUUUAAAUCCUGUACUGGCAUCUCUACCAUCAAGUAGAUCAAUUAGUCCACCGUUGUCACCGAAAGGAGAUUUGGAUGGUGGUGGAUGCCAAAGUUCCGGAUCUACGACCGUAUCUGCUACAUCCUCACCUGGUCUUGACGAGGAACCCGAACAAUCGAGAAUUACUAUCAAUCCUACUAUAGAAAUGUCACCGAGAAAAAAACCACGUAAACAACAACUUACAGGCGUAGAAUUAACUGAACCUAGAUGUACAGAGGAAGAGAUGCAAUUUAUUACAGAAGAGAAAAUGAAAAAGGAAAGCAAAGAAGAAUCAAAAGACAAGUUUUCUGACAAGAGACAAGUCUCUAAUGUACAAAGUGACAUUAAAUCAUCUAAUCAACAAACAGAAAACACAAUAAGGACACGGCCUAUUCCAAGUUUGAUAGGCUCUUCUUGGAAAAAUAAAUGGAGUGUUAGAUUGCACCAUUACAGAAGACCUAGUGAUGUUCGACCUCGCGAAGAAAGAAGACCUACAGUUGCUGAAUUGGCACAACAGAAACAUGUCUUACAGAAAUUGAAUGGGUGGAAAGUUUAUCAUCUCACUACGCAAAUGGAAGACAUUGCAGAUCUUGAAAAACAAGUACAUGAAAAAUUAAAAACUACAUUAAUGCUGCUGGAAUCACAACAAACUGUUAAAAAUAAACAUAAUGAUGGAUUAGAGCGUGUAAAUGAACUGAUUAAGGGAAAUAUGCAGCGUAGUAGUUUAAUUAGUGAGGGAAUGAACGAAGCACGCACGCAGCUUGUCACUAUAUUUCAACAUAAGGGUCCUAUUACCGAUCUUUUACAACGUUGUGGUAAUAAACGAGCUCAGAAAAAAAGGGACAAAUAAGAAGCAGUCAUCAAUAGCUAAUAAAUAUGUAUUUAUAAACGAACUUGUGGAAGAAAAAGGAAUAUAUUUUUAUCUGUGUCACAGAUU